AUGGCGGCUUCGAGCCCAAGUGGUGGCGGCAGCUCUGGGGGUAGCAGCGGCAACGGCACCCCCGGCCCCAUAGGGUCCCCGGUGCCGGGCCACCGGGCUGUCAGCAGGAUGCAGAGUAAACGCAAAGCACUGAAGCAAUUUGCAAAUCCACCUUUCAAAUCUACAGCAAGGUUUACUCUGAAUCCCAAUCCUACAGCAGUUCAAAACCCACACAUAGAGAGACUGAAAACACACAGCAUUGAAUCAUCAGGAAAACUGAAGAUCUCCCCGGAGCAACACUGGGAUUUCACUGCAGAGGACUUGAAAGACCUUGGAGAAAUUGGACGAGGAGCUUAUGGUUCUGUCAACAAAAUGGUCCACAAACCAAGUGGACAAAUAAUGGCAGUUAAAAGAAUUCGGUCAACAGUGGAUGAAAAAGAACAAAAACAACUUCUUAUGGAUUUGGAUGUGGUAAUGCGGAGUAGUGAUUGCCCAUACAUUGUUCAGUUUUAUGGUGCACUCUUCAGAGAGGGUGACUGUUGGAUCUGUAUGGAACUCAUGUCUACCUCGUUUGAUAAGUUUUACAAAUAUGUAUAUAGUGUAUUAGAUGAUGUUAUUCCAGAAGAAAUUUUAGGCAAAACCACUUUAGCAACUGUGAAAGCACUAAACCACUUAAAAGAAAACUUGAAAAUUAUUCACAGAGAUAUCAAACCUUCCAAUAUCCUUCUGGACAGAAGUGGAAAUAUUAAACUCUGUGACUUUGGCAUCAGCGGACGGCUUGUGGAUUCCAUUGCCAAGACAAGAGAUGCUGGGUGCAGGCCAUACAUGGCACCUGAAAGAAUAGACCCAAGUCCAUCACGACAAGGAUAUGAUGUCCGCUCUGAUGUCUGGAGUUUGGGGAUCACAUUGUACGAGUUGGCCCCCGGCCGAUUUCCUUAUCCAAAGUGGAAUAGCGCAUUUGAUCAGCUAACACAAGUCAUGAAAGAAGACCCUCCACAGCUGAGUAAUUCAGAGGAAAGGGAAUUCUCCCCGAGUUUCAUCAACUUUUUCAACUUGUGCCUUACCAAGGAUGAAUCCAAAAGGCCAAAGUAUAAAGAACUUCUGAAACAUCCCUUUAUUUUAAUGUAUGAAGAAUGUACCAUAGAGGUUGCAAGCUAUGUUUGUAAAAUCCUGGAUCAAAUGCCAGCCACUCCCAGCUCUCCCAUGUAUGUUGAUUGAUACUGCUGCUAUGUCAGACUCAAGAAAAAAGGGCUGAGAGGAAGCAAGACAUAAAGAAUUUUA